CAAGUAGCAGGAGGCACAAGCCGUAUCCAAGCGCGCUGCAACCUACACUGUAUCCUUAACUGCCCAGCUGCAACCUGCCAUGCUCAGCAGCAUCUCCUCACAGCUCUUCUCCAGAACGAUAGACAACAUGGCAAUGGCCGAAAGGCAGCACGGCGUUGUAUCCCACUGGAACACCAGCACCCCUGAGAAAAAGGACUUUGAAGCAGUGGAGGCCCUCAUGUUCAUGAGCAGGAACUCCGAGCCCAUGCAUUACACUGAUCUGAGACCAAUGACUCCGGCCUCUGACCUAUCAGAGAGUGAGGACAGCAUGCUGCCGAGCUCACACGAUUUCAUCACCAUCCCGGCCUUUUGCCUGACACCGCCAUACAGCCCUUCAGAGUGCGAGAUGGCCCACUCUCCUGGCUUGCAUCGUUUAUCUCCAGCACCAUUGCCUCCUCUUUCUUCACAAGGCAGUGCUGUACUGAAGUGCGUGGAUGUUAAAGCCCCUGAAAUGCAACCGAAAGGUCAGGUGACCAGUGUGAUUCGUCAUACAGCUGAUGCAUUGCAUUUUAAGCAACAUCCAGCCUUGCCAAAUAAAUGCAGUAAUGAUCCUGUGAACAAUUUUGUUCAGCACAGAGAAGAGUCCUGGAAGAUAAAAUUUCCUAGUGCGGUGGUGCAGCCCAUGUCCAUUUCAAGCACAGAACAAAUCCAAACUGAAACACAAACACAUUCAUUCCAACCACCCCUAAACACUGGCUAUACAACAACAAUAACUUGCAAUUCCCAAACAUCAUCUCCAGAUAUCUGUCCACCAGUACAAAUGCAGAAUCCUGCACUGCUAGUAUCCACACCGGUACCAGCAAAUUGUGUAUCACAGAUGCCAGUCUUGUGCCAAAUGGUGCCAAUAUCUUCAAGCAAACCCGUAGUGACAACGGUGAUUGCAAAUACUCCACCUGCCCAGUCCCCUGCAGUAAUGCAACCUCUGUUUUAUAUGGGAGGUCAAGUUCCCAAAGGAACCCUUAUGUUUGUAAUGCCGCAGCCUGUUUUCCCAAACACAAAGACUCUUCUUCCCAGUGGCACCAGACUCUCACUGAUUGCACCUGCCCCUGGAAUUCCGUCUUCUGAAACAAAGGCCCCCUUGCAUGCUGACACUUCCCGAAUCAGAAGUCAUGUCUGCGCUCAGCCUGGGUGCGGGAAGACCUACUUCAAGAGUUCCCACUUGAAAGCACAUAUGAGAACUCACACAGGUGAAAAACCCUUCAGCUGCAGUUGGGAAGGCUGUGAAAGGAAAUUUGCCCGCUCUGAUGAACUCUCUCGUCAUCGCAGAACACACACUGGAGAAAAAAAAUUUGCCUGUCCUAAGUGUGACAGGCGUUUCAUGCGCAGUGACCAUCUGACCAAGCAUGCGCGGCGCCACCUCUCAACCAAAAAGCUCCCCACUUGGCAGAUGGAAGUAAGCAGGCUGAGUGAUAUGGCUGUUCCACAGGCCUCGACUCCUGUCCAGUGAAACCAAACAUAAAGCAAAUGGCAAUUUUAUUUGCAUAUAUAGGUGGUCAGAACCCUGCGUUCUGUCGCUUAUAUUCUACAGUGGCUGGGAGUGUAGUUAUAACUGCGUGCCCCACAGGGGAAUGCAGGCAGUGAGGAAAAUGACAGCAGGCCCAUUCUGUUUACCAUGGACUUGUUUGCUUAAAUGUGUAUUGCACUGAAACAAUGAGACGAUUUUAGGGUUUGUGUGACAAGGUUGGAUAAACGGUGCAACAAGAUGGUUCUGAUGAUGUGUAUUGCGUCUAAAUGUCUGAGCGGCUUAGAUGCUGAGUCUAAAUAGCAGGUGAUAAUGAAACCUUCAGUUCUCAGCGAAUGGACAAAAGUUAGUGUGAUAUGCAAGGAAAAAGAAAUGGGGUAUGUGCAUCCUGUUCUGAAAAGCAAUAUGAACAGAUAAUCUUAUGUUUUAUAGUAAUAACGAUAUAGUUAAUAUGCAUAAAACUCUCUUUACAUAGCUCAUUAUGUUAAAUGUACAUUUAGUGUUCUAAAUAAUUACAAUGCUACCUGCCUUUAUUUGUGUUAGAUCAAUAAUUCCUCAGCACUUAACGGGCUGGAAAGAGAAAAAUGUAACCGAUUAACUUUUAAAAAAGAAUGUUUCUCUAUGACAGGGUUUUCAGGAUCUCAGGACUUUGCGCAUAUCACUUUUGAGACGAUUGUGUUUGUGUAUAUGUGUAUAUACACACAAAAUAUAUAUAUAAGAAUAAAUUUGCUUAUAUAAGGGUUAUGUCACAUGGGGAGAACGACGGGACUUUUCCCGAGUGGAAACAUUUUAAAAAACACAGACGUCCAGACGUGACAUAAGCCAAAAAGUGUUUGCACAGCUUUAAAGUGUCAGGUAGUGCAAUAGAUGGGUUUUCCUUUGUGAAGUUACCUAUAGUGCUGAUUCACACUAGCGACAGAUGGGGAGUUCCUGUAAAUGACCAGAAUUUUGGUUCAGACAGAGUUUUGAUUUCCUGGUAGCUCAUUCCAUCAGUCAUGUGGGUGAGGACAGGAAUUUAAAGCAUUUCUUAGCACAUCCUGCAGAGUCACUUAACAAGCAGACAUUGUUGCCAUUAAAGUGUCAUCCAGGCUUAGACCUUGCAUUGUGCUAAUGAACAUCUGCCUUGUGGAUUCUUAUCCUGCAAGGCAGAUGCCUGAUAAAAUAGAUGACAGUCAGGAAAACUGUAGCUGGCUGCAGCUGACUGUUCCAUUUGUAGGUGCUCUUGUGAAAUACCAGCCAUGGCUAGUGUGAAGGAGUGCUACGUUUACUGGAGAAAACCGGGUAUAUUAAACAAAAAAAAUGUAUAUUGCCAUUCCAUGCAUGAGCCCGAUAUAUUUUGUUAUGCACUUUUAUAUGCCUAUAUUAGCAAUCUGUAAUUUAAAAAGAGAAAAGAAUGUGGCUGUACGGGCAGCAAAGUGUUUUCUUCUGUUCCAUUCUUGGCCCGAUUGAGGGUUUAGAAGCAUGAAACAGUUGCAGCACUUGUGCACAUCGUAUGAUAAUCUGUGCCUGGCAUCAUUGUCAUAGAACAUAGAGUUUGUGCGAUCACAAAUAUUCACUAAAGUUCAGUAUUACUGUCUUCGUACUGAGGCACAGUGGAUGUUAACUGAUCUUGAUUUAUUUAGUGUCAAAUACAUGUUUCCAAAAAGAUCCAAAAAAAAAAUAUAUAUCUUUUUUGGGGAGGUUCUGCCUGCACAAAAGGCACAGGCUGGAGUUAUAUGUGGCAAAUUAUAUAAGAAAACCAUAAAAUCUUGGGUAUCUUCAGCUGCACUUUAAGUGAGGGCUGCUUGAUGCUGUGUAGCCUCUUUUGAUAGUACCAAUAAUAAAUCUGUAGUUUAGGGUCUGCAAGUAGAAAUUGAUAACUCACCACACAAGGGAGGAGGCCCAGGUGCACCGCCGUGAGCCCUCAGCACGGGGAGCGGACAAACCGAAAAAAACUUUUGGAGAAGGCACUCAAUGAAGGCAAUCUUCCACCAGGCAGAUAAAUUCAAAGAGAAGAGUUUAUUGUGCCCACAGCCUUGCGCGUUUCGUGAUAAACAGCCUAUGACUAAGUGUUUAUCAUGAAACGCGUAAGACUGUGGACACAGUAAACUCUUCACUUUGAAUUUAUCUGCCUGGUGGAAGUUUGCCUUCAUUGAGUGCCUGCUCGAAAAGUUUUUUUCGGUUUGUUGAAACAUCCUUUCAUAUUCUGGAUUCCAAACAGGCCCGGACUGGCAAUCUGUGGUUUCUGGCAAAUGCCAGAGGGGCUGCUGUAAGGUCCCAUAGACAGUCACUAUUUAGUGGGCUGGUGGAGGACUUGGAAUGCCAGGGCCUAUUUUGACUCCUAGUCCAGAACUGAUUCCAAACCCCAUAUCCAUCACUUUGAAAGUGGAUGAUUCACUUUAACAAACCAAAACCAAUAAUUAUUUUCCAUCUUUUGCACAUACUUAUUAAAGUUGCAGUUUCUUUUGCAAUCAUAAAGGACAAUGUUUUCCUUAAUGUUUCAAACAUAUUGAACUUUGGAUCGCACAAACGUCUCGUGAACGUGAUGAAUGUGAGCACAGUGGCUAUAUUUGAUGUUGACCAUUAAUGUACAGUACAUGAAGAGGCAUUUUUGUGACUACUUUGUAUAUGUAUUUGCACAGUAUUUCUUUUGUUGUACUUUAUACCUGUUCAUAAAUUAAAUAAAAAAA